GUCUUUAAUUAUUUGCUGAUUUUUAUUCCCAAAUGUAAAAGCGUGGAAUAAAGAAUAAGAGGUUUUUCUGUGUGGUAGCAUAAGCAAAUGUUAAUGCACCAUUUGCAAAGCUGUUCAAGAAUGUAAUUUGUUCAAAGCAUGGAAUAUUUGAGCUGUUAGUAACUCUGUUUGUAAAGCUGAGAAAUGGGUUUCUAAAUGAUAACACUUAUCUGUGAAUGCAGAAGUAUGUGCCUCCCUGUGCACUUAAUUGAAAUGAAGAGCUAAUUAACUGUCAAAAUAAAUUUGCAUUUUUAGAUGUUUUAUAACAUUUUGGUUUAAAAUCAUGGUAGUGUUAAAUAUGUUUUUGUUUUGUGGCAGUUGAUCAACUCUUGUAUAUUCCAGUAACUUAAUUGCUUAUUUUGUUUUGUUAUCAGUCUGUACAGUAAACUGUCUUUGAAAUCAGCCUGCCAGCAGCUGGCAGCUGACCUGCUGGUUUUGGCACCACCCAGGUUCAGCAUGACAUCACUGUGUAAAGUAGCUCAAGUAGUCCACCUUACUGAUUCUUCAAGGAAGUUUGUACAAGCACCUGGGUGUGUGUUAUGUAGCUAGUCUAAUUCGUGUUGGGGAAAGUAGACGGAACAAAACAAAAAAAUGGACUUUUUAAAAAAAGUAGUUCCUGCUGUAAUUUCUGGAGAUGUGGUACUGGAUAUUGGAAAUACUGUUGGAAGUUCCCCAAGGCUAUUGAAGAUGAGACGUGUCAGCCUGUUUUCGUUAGGGCAGACUAUAGAUGAAGAAGAUCAGAUAGAUUUCUCACCUUCAAAUUACAGCAUGUAUCCACAGCACCAACUUGCCUCAGCACCCACCAGCAGUGUAAAUAAACGUAGAGUUUCUCCUAACAUCAGUUCCACCUUGGAAAAGAGAAGCGUCAUUAUGUCUAAUAUUAUAAUUGAUCCGGAUGUCAAACCUGGUGAAUAUGUCAUCAAGAGCCUCUUUGCUGAGUUUGCUGUUCAAGCUGAAAAGAAAAUUGAAGUCGUAAUGGCUGAACCCUUGGAAAAGCUCUUAUCAAGAUCUCUUCAAAGAGGUGAAGAUCUUCAAUUUGACCAGUUGAUAAGCUCUAUGAGCUCAGUAGCAGAGCACUGUCUCCCCUCUUUACUACGCACCUUGUUUGACUGGUACCGGCGUCAAAAUGGAACUGAAGAUGAAUCUUAUGAAUACAGACCUCGAUCUAGUACAAAAUCUAAGGGGGAUGAGCAACAGCGUGAGAGAGACUAUCUACUUGAAAGGAGGGACUUAGCUGUAGAUUUCAUUUUUUGUUUAGUUUUAGUAGAAGUUCUGAAACAGAUACCUGUUCAUCCAGUGCCAGAUUCUUUAGUACAUGAAGUUCUGAAUUUGGCUUUUAAGCACUUUAAACACAAGGAAGGAUAUUCAGGAACCAAUACUGGGAAUGUGCAUAUUAUUGCAGAUUUAUAUGCGGAAGUGAUAGGGGUUCUUGCUCAAUCAAAGUUUCAGGCUGUUAGGAAGAAGUUUGUCACUGAAUUAAAGGAACUGCGACAGAAGGAACAGAGUCCUCAUGUAGUACAGAGUAUCAUCAGCUUAAUUAUGGGGAUGAAGUUUUUCAGAGUAAAAAUGUAUCCUGUAGAAGACUUUGAAGCAUCAUUUCAGUUCAUGCAGGAAUGUGCUCAAUACUUCCUGGAGGUAAAAGAUAAAGAUAUAAAACAUGCACUUGCUGGUUUGUUUGUGGAAAUUCUCAUCCCGGUGGCUGCUGCUGUUAAAAAUGAAGUGAAUGUGCCAUGUUUGAAAAAUUUUGUGGAGAUGCUCUACCAGACUACCUUUGAAUUGAGCUUAAGAAAGAAGCACUCACUGGCUCUAUAUCCAUUGAUCACCUGCCUGUUGUGUGUCAGUCAGAAACAGUUUUUUUUAAAUAACUGGCACAUUUUCCUGCAGAACUGUUUGUCACAUUUAAAGAUGCCAUCUAACAACAGUAUCAGAAAACAAAUAGAAACACUCCAGAAUAAAGAUCCUAAAAUGUCCCGAGUUGCACUGGAAUCACUCUAUAGAUUACUGUGGGUUUAUGUUAUUAGAAUAAAAUGUGAAAGCAACACUGUAACACAAAGCCGUCUCAUGAGCAUUGUAUCAGCACUUUUCCCCAAAGGCUCACGUAGUGUGGUCCCUCGAGACACACCUUUAAAUAUAUUUGUGAAGAUUAUUCAAUUCAUUGCUCAGGAACGCUUGGAUUUUGCAAUGAAAGAAAUAAUAUUUGAUCUUCUAAGUGUUGGGAAAUCACCUAAAACCUUCACUAUUAAUCCAGAGAGGAUGAAUAUAGGCCUCAGAGUCUUCCUUGUGAUAGCAGACAGUUUACAGCAGAAAGAUGGUGAACCACCAAUGCCAACAACAGGAGUUGUUCUUCCCUCAGGAAACACUCUGCGAGUAAAGAAAAUCUUUCUCAAUAAAACUCUGACAGAUGAAGAAGCAAAAGUAAUAGGAAUGUCAAUAUAUUACCCUCAAGUGAGAAAAGCACUAGACAGCAUUCUUAGGCAUCUGGACAAAGAAGUUGGGAGGCCAAUGUGCAUGACUAGUGUACAGAUGUCAAAUAAGGAACCUGAGGACAUGAUUACGGGAGAGAGAAAACCUAAGAUUGAUUUGUUCAGAACUUGUAUUGCUGCUAUCCCAAGACUGAUUCCAGAUGGGAUGAGCAGGACUGACCUUAUUGAAUUAUUAGCAAGGCUGACAAUUCACAUGGAUGAAGAACUGCGUGCCCUCGCUUUCAAUACUCUACAGGCAUUAAUGCUCGAUUUUCCAGACUGGCGGGAAGACGUUCUUUCGGGAUUUGUUUAUUUUAUUGUGCGUGAAGUGACUGAUGUCCAUCCAACGCUUCUUGAUAGUGCAGUAAAGAUGUUAGUGCAGCUAAUAAAUCAAUGGAAGCAAGCUGCCCAAAUGCACAAUAAAACCCAAGAUUCUCAGCGUGGUGCCUCUAAUGGAACUGCACAUACUCUUCCCCUGGAGAAGACCCUUUACUCCAAUGUAUUUCAUAUUGUGGAAGGCUUUGCAUUGGUCAUUCUUUGUAGCACAAGACUUGCAACCAGAAGAUUAGCUGUCAGCAUUCUUCGGGAAAUACGGGCUUUGUUCACAGUAUUAGAAAUUUCCAAGAGUGAUGAUGAGUUGGCUAUAGAUGUGAUGGACAGACUGAGUUCAUCUAUUCUUGAGAGUUUCAUACAUCUCACAGGGGCAGAUCAGACUACUUUACUAUAUUGCCGCAGUUCAAUUGAUUUACAAACAGUAGCUGACUGGAGCUCCUCUCCUAUUAGUCACCAGUUUGAUGUGGUGAGUCCAUCACAUAUAUGGAUAUUUGCACAUGUGACCCAGGGCCAAGAUCCAUGGAUUAUAAGCCUCUCCAGUUUUAUGAAACAAGAAAAUCUUCCAAAACACUGUCCAACAGCUGUAAGCUAUGCUUGGAUGUUUGCUUACACAAGACUCCAACUGUUGUCUCCACAGAUUGACAUUAAUAGCCCUAUCAAUGCCAAGAAGGUAAAUACUACUACAAAUAGUGAUUCAUAUAUCGGGCUCUGGAGAAACUACCUGAUUCUUUGCUGCAGUGCAGCAACUUCCACAUCCUCUACUUCAGCUGCAGGUUCUGUGAGAUGUUCCCCUCCUGAGACGCUGGCGUCUACUCCUGACAGUGGCUAUAGCAUUGAUUCAAAAAUUAUUGGCAGUCCAUCCCCUUCAUCACUGUUUAAGCACAUAGUUCCAAUGAUGCGCUCUGAGAGUAUGGAAAUUACAGAAUCCCUUGUGCUGGGACUUGGUAGGACCAACCCAGGAGCUUUUAGGGAACUAAUAGAGGAAUUACAUCCUAUAAUUAAGGAAGCACUUGAAAGAAGGCCAGAGAAUAUGAAACGACGCAGGCGUCGAGAUAUUUUACGAGUACAGCUAGUGCGAAUAUUUGAACUGCUGGCAGAUGCUGGUGUUAUUAGUCACAGUGCAAGUGGUGGCCUUGAUAAUGAAACACAUUCCCUCAACAACACUUUAUUAGAGUAUGUCGAUCUAACUAGACAACUCCUGGAGGCAGAAAAUGAAAAGGACUCGGACACACUGAAAGAUAUCCGAUGCCAUUUUAGUGCCUUAGUGGCAAAUAUCAUUCAAAAUGUUCCAGUGCACCAGAGAAGAAGUGUCUUUCCUCAGCAGAGUCUACGUCACAGUCUCUUUAUGUUGUUCAGUCACUGGGCAGGUCCGUUUAGCAUCAUGUUUACCCCUCUGGAUAGAUACAGUGAUAGGAACAUGCAGAUAAACAGACACCAGUACUGUGCUUUGAAGGCAAUGUCUGCUGUACUGUGUUGUGGCCCUGUUGCAGAUAACGUAGGACUCUCAUCAGAUGGUUAUUUGUACAAGUGGCUGGAUAAUAUUUUGGAUUCACAAGAUAAAAAGGUGCAUCAGUUAGGUUGCGAGGCAGUUAUGCUGCUGUUGGAGCUCAACCCUGACCAGAGUAACCUCAUGUAUUGGGCUGUGGACCGGUGUUACACAGGUUCCAGGCGGGUAGCAGCUGGCUGUUUUAAAGCCAUAGCCAGUGUGUUUCAGAACAGGGAUUACCAGUGUGAUACAGUAAUCCUUCUAAAUCUGAUACUGUUUAAAGCAGCUGAUUCUGCUAGGGCUAUCUAUGAAGUUGCUAUGCAGCUAUUACAGAUCUUGGAACCUAAGAUAUUUCGCUAUGCUCACAAAUUGGAGGUUCAGAGAACUGAUGGUCUACUGGGUCAGCCUUCUCCUUUGCCACACCUGUAUUCUGUGUCAUAUUAUCAACUGUCAGAGGAAUUAGCAAGGACAUACCCUGAGUUAACUCUUGCUAUCUUCUCAGAGGUGAGCCAGAGAAUUCAAACAGCGCACCCUGCUGGGAGACAAGUGAUGCUGCACUAUUUGCUUCCAUGGAUGAACAAUAUUGAGUUGGUAGAUUUGAAACCUUUGCCAACAAUACGGCAUGAAGAUGAAGAUGAAGAUGAGGAUUCUUUAAAAGACAGGGAACUGAUGGUAAACAGUCGGCGCUGGCUAAGAGGAGAAGGCUGGGGAUCACCACAGGCUACUGCUAUGGUUUUAAACAAUCUGAUGUAUAUGACAGCAAAGUAUGGUGAUGAAGUAGCAUGGUCAGAGAUAGAGAAUGUCUGGACUACUCUAGCAGACAGUUGGCCAAAAAAUCUGAAAAUAAUUUUACACUUUUUGAUCAGCAUUUGUGGAGUGAAUAGCGAACCCAGCCUCUUGCCUUAUGUGAAAAAGGUUAUUGUCUAUUUAGGUAGAGAUAAAACAAUGCAACUAUUGGAAGAACUGGUGAGUGAACUACAGCUUACAGAUCCAGUCAGCUCUGGAGUCACUCAUAUGGAUAAUCCACCAUAUUACCGCAUCACUUCCAGUUACAAAAUUCCUUCCGUCACUUCAGGUACUACUUCCAGUAGCAAUACAAUGGUUGCUCCCACAGAUGGCAAUCUUGACAAUAAACAUACAAAAGACAAUAUAGAAGAGAACUAUGUGCAUCUAGAUAUCUACAGUGGAUUGAAUACUAAUUUGAACCGCCAGCACCACAGGCUAGAAUCUCGCUACAGCAGCAGCUCUGGAGGAUCGUACGAAGAGGAAAAAAGUGAUUCAAUGCCACUAUAUUCUAACUGGCGACUGAAAGUGAUGGAGCAUAAUCAAGGAGAGCCUCUACCCUUCCCAUCUGCUGGAGGUUGUUGGUCACCACUGGUGGAUUAUUUGCCUGAAACUUCAUCUCCAGGCAUGUCUCUUCACAGAUGUAAUAUAGCAGUGAUCCUUUUGACUGACUUGAUAAUCGACCACAGUGUGAAGGUGGAAUGGGGAGGCUACCUCCAUCUGUUACUUCAUGCAAUUUUUAUAGGGUUUGACCACUACCACCCUGAAGUGUAUGAGCAUUGUAAACGCCUGCUUUUGCACUUGUUGAUAGUGAUGGGCUCCAACAGUAAUGUCCAGUCUGUUGCUUCUGUCCUUCUCAGGAACAGGGAGUUUAAUGAACCCAGGGUGCUUACUGUCAAACAAACUGCACAUUUGGAUUAUACUUUCAUAGGUGUUAAUGAUUUUAUACCUGAUUACCAGCCCUCCCCAAUGACAGACUCAGGGCUUAGUUCAAGUUCUACCUCUUCUAGCAUCAGCUUAGGAAAUACCAGCGCUGCCAUUUCUCAUCUGCACACCACCAUUCUCAAUGAAGUUGAUAUUUCAGUAGAGCAGGAUGAAAAAGUGAAAACACUCAUGGAAUUUAUUACCUCAAGGAAAAGAGGUCCACUUUGGAAUCAUGAGGAUGUUUCAGCCAAGAACCCUUGUAUAAAGAGUGCAGAGCAGUUAACUGUGUUUCUAAAACAUGUGGUGUCUGUGUUUAAGCAGUCAAGUUCAGCAGGAUUUCAAUUGGAGCAGCAUCUUAGUGAACUUGCUUUGCAAACUGCACUUUCUUGCUCCUCUCGACAUUAUGCUGGGAGAUCAUUUCAGAUUUUCAGGGCUCUGAAGCAGCCUCUUACUGCAUCCACAUUUUCUGACAUUCUCUCCAGGCUUGUAGAAACUGUAGGAGAUGCAGGAGAAGAAGCACAGGGUUUUGUCAUAGAGCUACUUCUCACUCUGGAAUCUGCCAUUGAUACAUUGGCUGAAACCGUGAAGCAUUAUGAUCUUAUUUCUGCACUUUCUCAAACCUCAUACCAUGAUCCUGUAAUGGGAAACAAGUAUGCAGCUAAUCGAAAAAGCACUGGACAGAUAAAUCUAAGCACAAGUCCUAUUAGUAGUGGCAAUUAUUUGGGAUAUUAUAGCAAUGCAAGGAGUAACUCUUUGAGACUGAGUUUAAUUGGUGACCGGAAAGGGGACCGUCGACGGAGUAACACACUGGAUAUAAUGGAUGGACGAAUAAACCAUGGUGGAAGCUUAGCAAGGACUAGAAGCCUCUCCUCUCUGAGAGAGGGAGGAAUGUGUGAUGUGCAGCUCACUACUGAUCCUAUCAACCUGAUGGCCAACAUUUUUUGGAUUGCAGCAUCAUUGCUAGAAUCAGAUUAUGAAUAUGAAUAUCUCCUGGCUCUCAGGCUGCUCAACAAACUUCUUAUUCACUUGCCUCUGGAUAAAUCAGAGAGCUGGGAGAAGACAGAAAAGAUACAGAAUGAAAUGAAAUGGAAUAACUUUCCAGGCCUUCAGCAGCUCUUCCUUAAGGGCUUUACCUCAGUGUCUACACAGGAAAUGACAGUUCACCUCCUCAGUAAACUCAUCACAGUCUCCAAACAUACAUUGGUUGAUCCCUCCCAAUUAGCAGGAUUUCCUCUUAACAUCUUGUGCUUACUGCCUCAUCUAAUCCAGCAUUUUGAUAACCCAACUCAGUUCUGUAAAGAAACAGCAGACAAGAUAGCAAAGGUUUGUGCAGAAGAGAAGUCACCAACCCUUGCCAAUUUGGCACAUAUGAUGAGUUUAUACAGUACUCACAGUUAUUCCAGAGACUGUUCUAAUUGGAUUAAUGUCGUGUGUAGAUAUUUGCAUGACUCCUUCUCAGAAACAACAUUUAAGCUGGUAACUUACCUUGCAGAGCUGCUAGAGAAAGGAUUAUCAAGCAUGCAGCAAUCUUUACUGCAGAUUGUUUAUAGUCUUCUGAGUCAUAUUGACCUGUCUGCAGCACCAGUGAAGCAGUUUAAUCUGGAAAUCAUAAAGGUUAUUGGUAAAUAUGUUCAGAGUCCAUACUGGAAGGAGGCUCUUAAUAUUUUGAAACUGGUGGUGUCUCGAUCAGCAAGUCUAGUUGUUCCUAAUGAUGUUCCAAAGUCUUAUGGCGGUGAUAUUGGUUCUCCUGAAAUUUCUUUCACAAAAAUGUUUAAUAAUGUCUCCAAGGAACUACCUGGGAAGACCUUAGAUUUUCAUUUUGAUAUAUCAGAGACCCCCAUUAUUGGAAAUAAGUAUGGUGAUCAGCACAGUGUAGCUGGAAGAAAUGGGAAGCCAAAAGUCAUUGCUGUCACUCGGAGUACUUCUUCAACCUCAUCAGGGUCCAAUUCCAAUGCCUUGGUCCCUGUCAGCUGGAAAAGGCCACAGCUAUCUCAGAGAAGAACUAGAGAGAAACUAAUGAAUUUGCUCUCACUGUGUGGCCCAGAAUCUGGUCUCCCCAAAAAUCCAUCAGUUGUGUUUUCUUCUAAUGAAGAUUUGGAAGUUGGAGACCAACAAACUAGCCUUAUCUCAACAACAGAAGAAGUAAUUCUAGAGGAGGACAUGGCUGUGGAAGAUAACAGCAGUGAACAACAAUUUGGAGUUUUUAAAGAUUUUGACUUUUUAGAUGUUGAGUUGGAAGAUGCAGAGGAGCUGCAGGGUGAAAGUAUGGACAACUUCAACUGGGGAGUCCGUAGGCGCUCACUUGACAGUAUCGAUAAGGGAGACACACCAUCCCUUCAAGAAUGUCAGUAUUCUGGUAGCACACCCAGCUUGAACUUGACCAAUCAAGAGGAUACUGAUGAGUCCUCAGAAGAGGAAGCUGCACUAACUGCAAGUCAAAUAUUAUCCCGAUCACAGAUGUUAAAUAGUGAUUCUGCCAUAGAUGAAGCAAUAUCAGAUCAUGCAAGUUCAUUAUUGCAGUCUCAAGACUCCACUAGCAGUAUGGGAACAGAAGAAGUGCUUCAAAUCAGAGCUGAGACCCCAAGUUUGGAGGCUUCGCCUCUAGAUAACUCUAGCUACCAGCUGCCUGAGGAUGGUGGUUCAGCUGCCAAGGAUGAACAGGUUAGCAUUGCUAGUGAAGACAAUGGAUCAUAUAUAUUACACGAACAACAGGACUCUCUGAUCUGUCAGGAACCUCUAGAGUUGGAAGAAACUCCUGAAAUGCCAGAAAUGUCAGAAUUGCCAGCUCCUGAGAGCUAUUCUGAAUCUAUAUGUGAAGAGGAUGUCACCCUUGCUUUGAAAGAGCUAGAUGAGAGAUGUGAAGAAGAAGAAGCUGACUUCUCUGGGUUGUCUAGCCAAGAUGAGGAAGAACAGGAUGGUUUUCCAGAAGUACAGACUUCACCACCACCUUCACCAUUUCUUUCUGCCAUAUUGGCAGCUUUUCAGCCAGUGACAUAUGAUGAUGAAGAGGAGGCCUGGCGCUGCCAUGUCAAUCAAAUGCUGUCAGACACUGAUGGAUCUUGUGCAGUCUAUACUUUUCAUGUGUUCUCUAGAUUAUUUCAGACCAUUCAAAGAAAGUUUGGAACUAUAACAAAUGCUGCAGUCAGUUUUCUUGGUGAGGGUCUACAGCGUAUUGGAACAAAAUUUAAAAGUUCGUUGGAGGUGAUGAUGAUGUGUUCAGAAUGCCCAACAGUCUUUAUUGAUGCUGAAACGCUAAUGUCCUGUGGCUUACUAGAAAUAUUGAAGUUCAGUGUUCUGGAGCUCCAAGAACAUCUAGAUACCUAUAAUGCCAAAAGAGAGGCAGCAGAGCAGUGGCUAGAUGACUGCAAAAGGACAUUUGGUGCUGAUGAUGGCCUAAACAGAACCAAUACAAAUGCUCAGCAAAUGGAAAUUCUAGCAGAGCUGGAGUUGUGUCGACGGUUAUACAAGUUGCAUUUCCAGUUGCUGCUUCUGUUCCAAGCCUAUUGCAAACUUAUCAGCAGAGUAGAUGCAAUCAAAACAGAGGCAGAGGUUAUAAACAUGUCAGAAGAACUUGCCCAGCUCGAGAGCUGUCUGAAAGAGGCUGAAUCUGCCUCAGACAGUGGUAUUGAAGAAACUGAAAUACCAGAAGCUUCCCAAGCAAACACAGAAACGGCCAUUCAUUCUCUUAUUGAAACCUUGAGAAACAAGGAAUUUAUAGCAGCUGUAGCACAGGUCAAGGCUUUCAGGUCUAUUUGGCCCAAUGACAUAUUCGGCAGCACUGAAGACGACCCAAUACAAACGCUGUUGCAUAUAUAUUUUCGUCAUCAGACACUGGGCCAGACUGGUAGCUUUGCAGUAAUAGGCUAUAACCAAGACAUGUCAGAAGUCAGCUCAAAACUGAUGGAACUUAAUUUAGAAAUUCGAGAGUCUCUACGCAUGGUUCAAUCCUAUCAGCUUCUAGCAAAAGCCAAACCUGUAGGAAAUAUGGUGAGCACUGGAUUCUGAACAGCUUUUCAUUUAAUAAAGAAGCAAAGUUAAGGAUGCCUCAACAUUACCAAGCACCUUUCAUUUAAAAAAAUAUACUGAUGGCCAAUACAGAAUUUUAACAUAACAAGAAAUGUCAUCUACAAAACUAAUGGAGGUAACACUUUAUGGACUGCUGUUUCCACACAAGAAAGCUGUGUGGGUGGUAGUUAUUUUUUAUUAUACACACAAACUAUAUUAAAGGAAAAGGGCUAAAAGCAAUGCAUAUACAUGCAUUAUUUUCUGUAGAAACAGAAUUAUAAGUUCUGUUGCAGUAAUGGUCUCCAAAUGUUGAGACAAGUAAAGCAGGUAGGAUGAGGCUGAAAUCAAGGCUGAUUUAUUUUGGCUGAAGACCUGCAAGAUUUCCUGAUUUUUCCAGCAGUAACUGUAAUCAGCUAAUGUCUAAUGAUACACUUUGCAAUGCCAUGAAGAAUGUGCAAGUCAUACAUGAGCAGAAAAAAGACUUAAGACUUUGCAAAAACCAUUGAUUUCUUAAUGUUUUAUUUGCUUUUUGUUUUGUCUGUCAUGAGGAAUUGUGUGAGUUGAAAUGGAUAUGUGACCAUUACAUUUUGAAAGUAUGGAUGUUUGUUGACAAAGUCUCAGAGCAUGCCUGAAAGAGCAAUGCAAGAUUAUUUUUUGAUAAAUUUUAUUUUAUUAGUUUUAAUCCUCAUAGUGUGUAAAUGUUAGGACAUUUAAUAAUAUUUUAAACUGGGAUUCCCCAGUGUUUCUAAAAGAAAUAAUAUAUCUUAAUUUUAUUGGAAUGCUGCUCAGUUCUCUGAUCAGUGCUUAUGUUAUAAAUAUUAACAACUAACCAAAAAGUAGCUGCCUGCAGAGACUUUAAAAUGUAUAUUAAAUAUAUAUGCUGCCCAUCAGCAUUUCUCCUUAGAAGAAAGUUAACUUAUUUUAUUCUGUAUAUAUUCUAGAAACUGUAUAGUGCAAAACCAGUAUUUUUCUUGUACAUUCAUGCAAUGCACUGUUAUGAGUAUAGAUGUACAAAACUAAUGGGGAAAAGGGGAAUAGUGGCUAUUGGUUGUAGAAUACAUAACAUGCAGUCUGUGUAGUCUGCUGAAUUCAAGAAAAGGGGUGUGACAGCAUUGUGCAAGUAUCUUCAUAACUUGUUACACCUCAGGAAUUGGGACUACCGAGGGGAAAAAUGAAAGGAAGAGGAAAGUAUCAAAACAUGCAAACCUGCACUAUACUUAUAGUUCAUUGUCAUGAUAGCAUAAAAAGAACAGGAUUGUGUUAAAUAGUAUUUUGUAAAAGAAAUAUGAAUGUAGUCCCAUGAGUCCUGAUGAUUUGAAAGGAACACCCAAUAUUUUUAUAUGCAUCUCUUACCCACUGUGAUUUUUUUUUAAACUGGGCUCUAAUUGCAGAGUUUAGAAUGUAGAUAUUAAAGUCUUAGCUUUGCCUUUUCUUGGGGAAAUGAACCCCACUAGAAAUGUAAUUAUGCUGAAAUUCAUUAAUUGAAGGCACUGUAGACACUGUUAGACUGCUGACAGUAGUUAUGUUAUUACCUUAACAAGCUCUGUAACUGGUCAAGGCACAUUCAUAAUCACUGUAUUUUUUUGACCUGAUAAAAUUGAAUUAUUCUGAUGUUUGUAGUACUGUAGAUAUUUAAGUAUUUACAAGGGAUAUGUAGCUUUAUUUAGUGGCACAUUACCCAUUUAUUUACAGCAUUUUACCAACUCUCCCCCCCCCCUUUUUUUUGUAAAAUAAAAGCAUUGUAUCUGUCAUCCUGUGUAUUUUCUGCAAGCUAGAUAAAUGCUAUAGUAUCAUUUUUAGAUGUUUGUAAACACUGAAGUGGAAGGCUUAGUGAACAUACCGUGCAAAUUUACUGCUGAAAUUGUAAACAGAUUUUGAUGUCUUCUCAUAGGUCAUGUCAGCUACAGCAUUUUAAUGUGCAUCAAAAUAAGGUUAUAAUAUGACAUCCAUAUCUAAUUAUAAAUUACAAUGCACAAUUCCUAAACAUUAAUAUGAACAGUUGUAAGCAGAAAGUGAAAUUAUCCAACUAAACUAGGUCCUAGCCCUACUCUCUUACUUUAUAGUUUAGCCUUAUCUGGGUGUUUUCUCCCAAUCCACCACCUUCUCAAGCCUCUGAAAGGACUACACAAUGUCUUCCAGCACUAUUUUCUUAGACACCAGUUAUCCCUGUAACAAGGAAGUAGUAAGCCAAUUUAAGUGUAAUUUCUUUUGGCUAAUAGGUGCAAGUAUUUCCACAUCCACUUAUAAUUUGCUGAAUUCUUACACUAGCUGAUAUCCUUGAUGAAUAUUGUUCUGGAUGAUUAAGUACCUGAUCUGAUACUUAGGUCAAUGACCUGUUUCCCUUUGAAAGCAAGGGGGGUACCAAAGAAAGUUAAGGUUCUACCAAGUGAAAUUAUUAGAUUUACUAAAUACGCUGGUGGUUGGAGUGUCAACUAAUGCAAAUGGGAAAGGCACCCAUGGGCUAGUGAGUGAGACUGCAACCGUGACUCCACCAACCAACCACAAGAUAACUUGCUCUUUAAAGAGCUGGCCCAAAUUUUUGGCAACAAAUCAAGCUCCAUCCUGUUUCACAUAUACAAGAGCUUUGUGGCAGUCCCUGCCACUAGGGCUGUAAAAUCCUGUUUAAAAAAAAGUUAAACUAUGUUUAACUGGUUUAACUAGUAAGGCAGGCUGAAGGGCUGCUUUGUCCAGGCUGGGCCACUGAUUAACCAGAUUCCCUGGUAAGCAUGUCAGUAAGAUGAAUGAUUACCAGUAACUGAUUAACCCUUUACAUCCCUGCCUGCAACCCCAUCUAAAGUUACACAGGCCACUGUCCAUAACAGGUAUCGCAUGUUAUAAAAACAGAAGUUUGCAUUAGGUAUAUGCAAGAAUUUACUGUCUCCCUGUGAGGCAUUUGACAUGUAUUAGGACAGCCUACAAAAUGUUUGGAAUAUACUGGAGUGUAAAACUAAUACAAAUGAGUUCUGAGGGCUUUCCAUGUAACUGAAAUUAACAAAAGCAGCCUGAUCCUCCAAUUGCCAAAAAUAAGACUUCAGCCUGUACCAUUAUUAUGCUAAAAGAACGAGGUAGGGAGAUGGAAACCAGAUUUUUUUUCUCCACCCUACUUACUGCUUCCUAUUUUAUAGUAUGACUAAUAUUGCCACUACAGUGAAGCACCACUUUCAGAAUUGGGCUUAGUUAUCUUAAGCUCCAGUCUCUUGCCUCAGUGAUGUUGGAUGAGGAUAGGGAAGAAAAAAAAAGUCCUUUGAGUCAAAUUAAGCAGUACAUGUGUGUCUGUCUUUCUGCAUGUAUGUUCUAUGCUGUUAGAAAGCUUUUAUUGUUGAGGCACAAAACAGUGACAUACACUACUGCAUCUUCUAUAACAAGGUAGUUUUGCAAACAUCUGAUUCUUUGGUAACCAGGGAGCAUGUGCUUACUUAUAUCUUGCUGGCUGUUGUCUUCCCUGCCUGAUGAAGUCUACCAUUCCAGAAAGGAAGUUUUCUGGAGCAAUAAAGAUUGCACCAUGGACAAAGAUGACAUACCUCUAAUGUGUACAGCUUCAGAAAAGUCAGUAGACUUAUUUUUCCAUCUAAACUGUCUCAAAAAAAAUCCAUCUGGCUAUAGAUGAGUUAAGUGGUUUUAGUGGAUUGGGCACAGAGGUCCCAAUGUUCAUUUAAUGAAACUGACUGAGGCGCCUUCAUUACCUUAAAAAAAAUUAAAGGUCGAGAUGGUCCGAACAGUUUCAAGAUUGGCUCCUUUAGCAGAAAUGUAUUUACAUUAGCCUCUAAAGUAGAGGUAGGCAAUAAUUUUUGCUAGGGAGCUUCCCAAGAAUUUGGAAAGUGAUCAAGGGCUGCACUCUUCCAUAUCAUUGGAGGUGGUGUGGUGGUCUGGGAUGGAGGUUAAGUACAGAAGAGAGCUUAUAGUAAGGGACUGGGGUGCAGGAGAGUGGAGGGGGGGUCUGGGAGG